UGCCACUGAACGCACACUCGUUCUCAUCGGUACAUGCAACUGAUACAACUCUCAACAAGCGACACGACCCAGGAACUCUCUGUCUCACGCGCGGCGACCAUCUCACAUUCUUUCAGCGAGGUGCGACUCUUCUUCGCGGUGAUCUCCGGUGCUUUCUUUCGGCUGUUUAGAAAAGUUUCGGUUGGGGGGGAAUAAAAGGACAGCUCAAACCUUCCAAAGGAUUUUUUUAAACAACGUGGAGGACCACUGAAGAUGAGCCAUUAGUGAUAGUGAUCCAAACUCCUUGCGGCGAACCCGAUUCCAAGAGAGAGUUGACAACGGAACAGUUUGCACCAUUCUGCCCAUACCCUUUACCCCGUCUCUCUUCUCUCCACCCCUUCCCCACACCCCUCUGCUCUCACCCCUUACCCCCCCUACGCCCAACCCCAGCCAAAUCACCAAAAUGGACUUGCACCGGGCAGCUUUUAAAAUGGAGAGCUCCUCCUAUCUGCCCAACCCAUUAGCAUCCCCAGCGCUAAUGGUGCUAGCAUCGACGGCGGAGGCCAGCCGUGACGCCUCCAUCCCCUGCCAGCAGCCUCGCCCCUUUGGCGUGCCAGUGUCCGUGGAGAAGGACGUUCACCUCCCCUUCAACAACGGUUCCUACACCUUCGCCUCCAUGUACCACCGACAGGGUGCUGUACCACCAGGCUUCCCCAACAGGGAAUUCCCUCCAUCUCUCCUCCAUCUCCACCACCAGUUUGCCCCACCCAAUCUGGACUGUUCCCCUAUAAGCAUGCUCAACCACAGUGGCGUCGGGGCCUUCCGGCCCUUCGCCUCUCCUGAGGAUCGUGAUGGAGCAGGAGGGGGAUACCAGUCUGCCUUCACCCCAGCCAAACGGCUGAAGGGCUGCCUGGAGGCCGAUGCCUCUCCGCACCUGCGCUACUCAGACGCAGAAGGGAAAGAGUAUGACUUUGGCGGUGCUCAGAUUCCCUCCAGUUCGCCUAGUGCUCUCAAAGCCGUAGAAGAUGCUGGGAAGAAGAUCUUUGCAGUGUCCGGCCUGCUGUCAGACCGGGAGACCUCGUCCAGCCCAGAGGAUCGCAUUGAGCGCUGUAAGAAGAAGGUUUCACUCUAUGACAGUCAGGCACCAAUCUGCCCCAUCUGUCAGGUGUUGCUGCGUCCAGGAGAACUGCAAGAGCACAUGGAGCAGGAGAUGGAAAGGCUCACCCACAUACACAUCAGCAAAAACCCAUCACACAAGGACAUCAAUGCAGCUCCAGGCACACCAAAGUCUCUCCUGUUGUCAGUGCACAUCAAACGCGAGGGCGAGUCUCCAGUUGUGUCCCCGCUCUCCUCUGAUGAAGCUCACCAUUCUGACAGAUACCAGACGUUUUUACGAGUGCGGGCAAACAGGCAAACACGAUUGAAUGUCGAUGACCUUUGCUGGUGCAGGCGCUACACCAAGGAAAGUUUCAAAAGUCCCUCAAUCCCAGUGCCCAGAGGAGUGCCCCUAGCCCCUUGCUGCCUGCGGCAUGCUCGGAUUGGGAAGAUGAAGCGCCGAAAGCCUGAAGAUGGGCAGGUAUGUCCAUUGUGCAACGCCCCGCUGACAGGGACAGAGGAGGAAAUGAGUAGGCAUGUGGAACAAUGUCUGUUCAAGAGGGAAAGUGGAAUAGAAGAGGAUUCCGCAGAUGUUGAAGGAGAGAACGGAACGCGCUUUGAAGAGUACGAGUGGUGCGGACAGAAGAGGGUCCGAGCCACCACUUUACUGGAAGGUGGCUUCAGAGGAACAGGCUUUGCCAUGUGUAGCACGAAGGAGAGCCAUGACAGUGAUGCUGACCUGGAUGUGGAUGGAGAUGACACAUUGGAGUAUGGCAAAGCCCAGUACACUGAAGCAGACAUCAUUCCUUGCUCUGGAGAGGACCAGGGAGAAGCCAAAGAGCGUGAGGCAUUGCGUGGAGCCGUUUUGAAUGGUGGCGUACCAUCCAAUAGAAUAACACCUGAAUUCUCCAAAUGGGCCAGUGAUGAAAUGCCCUCUACCAGUAAUGGUGAAAGUAGCAAACAGGAGCCCAGCUCUUGCUCAUUGUCCUCCACACCCAGGACCUGUAAAAACAGCGAGAUCGAGAAGAUAACGGAGGACUCCACAGUGACCACGCUGGAGGCGCUAAAGGCCCGUAUCCGAGAACUGGAGAAGCAGAUCCUCAGAGGUGACCGAUACAAGUGUCUCAUCUGCAUGCGGAAGCCAUCCCAAACAGGGGCUGACGGCAAGAAUCAGGUGACUGAGAGGCGCGGGAGUGCAGAGGCCCUGCAGCUCGGUGUGUACUGUUUGUACAGAGGCUACGUAGCAGGUUGCAGCACUGCCACUGCGGGCAAUAGUAGGAUUAAGAAGCUGCUGCCCCUCCAGAGGGACUCGUAUACGAUGCCUCUCACCUCCAUCCAGUGUUGGCACGUUCACUGUGAAGAAUGCUGGCUUAGGACUCUGGGAAACAAGAAACUGUGCCCUCAAUGCAACACCAUCACAUCACCAGGGGACCUCAGGCGUGUCUACUUGUGAACAAAACAACAUGGAUUCUUCUUCUUUUCGUUUUUUACAUUUCAAUUUGCGCUAGUGUAUUUUGGUUUCCCCACCUCCUAAGGGGGUGAUGUUUUGUCCAGCCGCCUGAUCAUAAGAGGCUUGAGCUCUCUGACUCAGAUUUGACUCUAAAUGGGGACUUAAUCAAGCAUAGGACUCAUGAGGACUGUGUAAACUCAGUCCUCUGCUAUAAUUGCUUGUGUGAAAAGCCCCGCCUCCCUCCAGGGGCAGGUGUGUGUGAUACUGCCCUCUUGUGUCGGUCUGUGGUCCAUCCUCUCCAAUGUUAACAUGGUCCCUGGAACGCCUUCUACUGAAGGAAACCUACAUUGCUGAGGCUUUUCGUCUCCCACUCUCACUCCCUUUGGCAACUUCUUCACCAAGACUGCUGAGGUCAUCCCCGACUGGAACAUCAGACAGUAAUGAUAGUAAAGGACUUGUGUGGCCUCAGUCAGACAGACCACUUGAGGCUCUCCAGAACCCCUUGAUCUUUAUUUUCCAUUGUGUUCUCUUUUCACCCCAAAUCAUUACUACUUUUGUGGUGUUCUAGUGAUGUCAACCAAAUUCAAUGAAUCAGUGCAAGCACAUGUAUAAUAGUCUCUGUAUGUUUACAGUGUUGUGAGUAAAUGAUAUAGAGAACAAAACACACUUGUAUACACAUGCACACACAUACACAUAGAAUUAUAUAUUGAUUAAAAAGUUCAGUUUUAGUUGGGGGUGGUUUGGGUCGGGAGGGAGGGGUAUGUUUCAAUCUUGGUGAGAAAAAAAGAAAACCCUCUGUAUUUUUAAACAGAUGUUGUUGUCUUGAAGUUGUAUUUCAUUGUACAGGAAGAAAUGUAAGUAAUAAUAAUAAUGAUAAUAAUAAAAAAAAACUACACAAACUAGGACUUAAAAGAUUAAGGUGUACAUUUUCAUGGAAAUAUACAGUAAAAACUGUAGAUCAAACCCUAAUGCAAGGGGCAAUAUCUUGUUUUCUUUGCUUUUUCUAAGAAAUGGUGUGAUUUGCUGUUGUUCACUCAUUUUUCAGAUGGACAUAUUUUGUCCCUAACAAUAAUAUUGUUUCCACUCAGCUUGCAGAAUGUGGUCAGCCUGUUACAAAGGAUUCAAAUGAUUGCUUAAUCAUUCCAUUGAGCACAUUAAGACACCCGAACAGUUGCAUAUAAGCAGCUUCUUCCCUUUGAAAUGGACUUUUAUGAGAAUGUCAACCAAUUAGGGUGGUCUCAUUGACAAGUUUUGUUUGGAUUUCCUCUCGUAGACGUGAAGAAAAUGGUAAUCAUGAUGAUUUUUCUUUUCCCAUCAGAAUUAAUUACUUAACUGGAAGAGUCAAGAAUCACGGUUUACCUCUGAGCGAGAUGGUGAGCUUUAUAUUUGUACAUCUAUGUAUUCUGUGAUUUCUGUAUUGAUGUAAGUGCAAAAAAAGGAAGAACGAAAGGUCAUUGCUGAUGCCAACGCCACAAUAAACGGUCAAAUGUU